UAUUUUGAACUAUCUUGAACUCUCCAAAGAACUUGCACUUGAACUUGCUCUUGAACUUACACUUGAACUAGCACUUGAACUUGAACUAUCUUGAACCUUGAAUCUGAAACAUACUGAAUGAAACUUGAAUCUGGAAAUCUUGAAUCGAAUCAAAACUGGAACAGAAUAUUUCUAAAGAUUGUAUUGCCAUUUUUAGAAGACAUAAUUAUUGUCAAUUAUAAAGAAAUUAUUGGCAGUUUCUAGAAGGAAUUAAAAGUAAACUGAAAUAAAAAGAAGAACAGUAGAGGGAAAGGAAUCUAACUCUAAUUCCUGGAACUUGAUAAGACCAUACUUACAGUUGAAAGCAGUAAUAUUGUAAAUCUUGGGAAAGAAAAAAAGAGGUAUACAUUUUAAAGAGUAAAGUAGAUUGGAAAAGUAGUCGUUCAAGAUAAAUAUUGGAAGUUCGAAGGACUGUAUUGCCAUUUUAGAAGACAUAAUUAUUGUCAAUUACAAAGAAAUUAUUAGCAGUUUCUAGAAGGAAUUAAAAGUAAACUGAAAUAAUAAAAGAAGAAUAAUAGAGGAACAGGAAUUUAAUUCUAAUUCCUGGAACUUGAUAAGACCAUAAUUACAGUUGAAAGCAGUAAUAUUGUAAAUCUUGGGAAAGAAAAAAAGAGGUAUACAUUUUAAAGAGUAAAGUAGAUUGGAAAGUAGUCGUUGAAGAUAAUAUUGGAAGUUUUAAGGACUGUAUUACGAUUUUAGAAGACAAAAUUGCUGUCAAUUAGAAACAAAAUCUUGGCAGUUUCUAGAAGGAAUUAAAAGCAAAGUGAAAUAAAAAGAAGAACAAUAGAGAAAAAGCAAUCUAAUUCUAAUUCCUAGAACUUGAUAAGACCUCUAUUAGAAUUCAAAACAGUAGUAUUAGUAAUCUUGGGAAAGUAAAAAGAGCGUAUACACAGCAAAGAAUAAAGAAGAUUGAACAAAAUAGUGUGAAGAAGGCAAUAUUGCAAGUUUGAAAGACUGUAUUGCCAUUUUAGAAGACAUAAUUACUGUAAAUUAGAAAGAAAUUAUUGGCAGUUUCUAAAAGGAAUUAAAAGCAAACUGAAAUAAAAAGAAGAACAACAGCGAGAAAGCAAUUUAAUUCUAAUUCCUAGAACUUGAUAAGACCAUAAUCACAAAAAAUUUGUGUCAAUAUAUAGAGUCCUAGAAAAGUGAGCGUGGUUGAUUGUAAAGAGAAAAGGAAAGAAAUCCUUCGAUAUAUAGUGUUCAGAAUUUUAAAAAUAAAAGUAAGCUUGAUUGCAGAGAGAGUAAGAAAGAAGAUUGGGUCAGGAUAUAUAUAUAGUUUUAAAAAUAUAAGUGAGGUUGAUUGAUUUGAGAGAGAAUAAGAAAGAUAUUUUGGUCAGGAUAUAAAGUGAACCUGUUUGCAGAGAGAGAGUAACAAAGAAAUUAGCAAUUUGGGAACUUAUAUAGGCCUACAAUACAUUUAGGCUAUUAAUGACCUACUCAUAAUUUUAAUAAAAAACGCCAUCUUGAGACAAAAACAUUAUAGCUCCUUAACACAGUACAAGCUAGUGUAUAUAAAGCUAGGCUAUUGAAAUACCAUAGAGUUUAAUAUCAGUAAGGAUUAGUUUUUCAUAAUUCACAAUAGGAAUAUUUAAAUAAAAGACUAUUGGAGUAAGGAAUAUAUACAGAACAUUAUAUAUCAAAGUUACAGAACCGUUAAUUGUAGACUUGUAAUUAUUAACCAGAACUGUUGCAAGUAUAUAAGCAAAAUUUACCAUGAUGGAUACAAUUGAAUUUAAGAAAACACUUGAUGAAAUCAUGAAUAUACUGACUAGUUGUGCAUUGGUGACCAACCCAAAGCUUAAUGAAUGCUGUAUCUGUAACAAUGAAAUCAAAGAAAAUGAAAGUGAUGCAAGAUGUGACUGUUGUAGUAAGCAUUUUCAUGUGACAUGUAUGGGAUUCCCUUGUGAAGACAGACUGAGUGACCUGACAUUGAUCUGGAUUUGUUCAUUUUGUGGAAAUAACAACAUGGCUCAUCGCAUGUUUGAUCAAGUAUGCAUCCCUUCUCAUUUCAAUAGAUACGAACUUCUUGGUGAUCAUGAUGAACACUGUUACUUGGAUUUGAACCAAUCAAGGACCCUAUCAAGUACGACCAACAAAAGAAAAUGUGGCAGAUCAAAGAAGAGAUCAAGGAUUUGCGAAAGUACAGAGUUCAUGCUGGUGGCAAGAAAAAAGAAGCAAAGAACAAGAAAGGUCGAGCAAGGAACAAGAAAGGUCAGUCUUCCAAAGGGAAAAAAGAUGUUUCAGAUGGUGUACAAGAAGAUGCAGUGUAUGACAAUGACCUGAAGAAUAGAAGCUUUGAUACAGUAAAAGAUGAAGCAGUCGAGGUUUCCUGAGUUGUAACGGACACAGUGUUGUACUUCGUACUCAAAGCUGGCAAGGUGUGUACAAGCAUUGCAUGAGGUUAGCAAAAUCAAUGGGAUGCCCCCUGCACACCGAAUAUGAAGUAACUAGUGUAUGUGCUAAAGCAACUUCCGGUAAGAAUGAAACCUUGAAAGGCUAUCCACAGUUACAGGAUUUUGUUUGUAAUCCAAUUCCUUCGUCAAAUACGCACAGUGAAAGUCAGUCUGGAAGCUCUGGAUGUUCCAUACAUUGUGAAAGCUUUGAUGAAGUUCAAAUAUUGGAUGAGAGUGUUUCCCCACAAAAGAUGAUUGAUAACCCAAAUGUAUUUCUCUUCCCUGAAGGAGCAAAUGAAACAAUCAUUCAUGAUGUACAUUAUAACGGUCAGGAAUUGAAACUGAAGAGUGUGACAAUUACCUUAACGAAACUAAAAGAACCGCAGCUAAAUAAUAGUUGUCUUCUGAAAGGAAAUGAUUUUAUAAAAGCAGAAUAUGAAAAUGAACAAAAAGGAGAUUCAAAAAAUUGUACUAAAUGCGGGAAUGACUCUGAUAGAUUGAAUUUAGUGAACAAAGUUCAGAAUUUCAACUCUAUCUUAAGCAGAAAACGAAAAUGGAGUAACCUCGAAAGCGAUGCAAAAGUUGAUGUCGACCUUGGCAAGGAAUUUCGAAAAACCAAAUCGGUAAAAAUGAAUGAGAACGACAGCUUAAGAAUUGAUACAAGCGAAUGUGCUGAUAGUCAUGAUGAAUUAUUAAUAAUUGGAGAAGUUCAUGUUAAAAAUGUAGACCAUGGACAGAAAAAACGUAGAAACAGACAAAGUUCUAAUCAAAUUAGGAAGCGCAGUAGACAGCGAAUGAGAGAAAAACGAGCCUUGACCAAAGAUGAAAUCAUUAAGAAAAAGGAAAAGUGUAUUCACAAUGCGCAAAUGAAUAAAAUGAAAAAAGCGAUUAAAAAGAAAGAUAAAUAUCAAAAUGAUUUAUCCUACAAAAUAGAAAAAAUAAAUGAAGUAAAACAAAGGCAAAAAGAAAUGUAUAAAGAGGACUCAAAUUUCAGGAACAUACAGCUAAAUAUUAUGAAAACCAAAUAUCAUUCUGAUUUACGUUAUAAUAAGAAAAUUUUGUAUGGAAAUAAACAAAAAUAUUUGAGAAAUGAAAGAUUCAAAGAAAAUGUUAAAACAGCUAUGAGGAUUAAAAUGAAAAAUAAAUAUUGGAAAGAUGAACAAUUCAAACGAAUGCACACAAAUAAAAUAAGAAGUAAAUAUUUGAACAAACAUUUCAAGGAAAAACACCAAGAUACCAUGAAAAAACGAAUGAAGGAAUUAUAUCGCAAAAAUGAACAUUUUAAGGAAAAACAAAAAGAUAUCAUGAAAAAACGAAUGAAGGAAUUAUAUCGCAACGAUGAACAAUUUAAACGAACGCACAGAAGCAAAAUAAGAAGUAAAUACCAGCACGAUGAACAAUUUAAACGAAUGCACAAAAGUAAAAUAAGAAGUAAAUAUUCGAACAAUGAACAUUUCAAUGAAAAACAACGAGAUACCAUGAAAAAACGAAUGAAGGAAUUAUAUCGCAAUGAUGAACAAUUUAAACGAAUGCACAAGAGUAGAAUUAGAAGUAAAUAUUCGAACGAUCAACAAUUCAAACAUACAAAAAUGGCAAAUAUGAAAAUAUUGUCCAAAAUUAGAUAUAAAGGCAAAGAAUUUAAGGAGAAGAAAUUGAUAAGCUUAAAAAUAAAAUAUAAAAGAAUUGAAAAAUAUAGGCAAAAUGUAAUAAAACAAAAUCGAAAAAGGUCUGUACUUCGAACAGUAAAAUUGUCCGAGUUUGAUAUUGUACUUGAAGAGUUUAGAAAAAUAAUUUCUCAUGGCCCAGAAUAUGUGUGCUGUGUAUGCUUAAAACUUCUCUUUGACAACCAAGUAUUGAAAUGUAAAAAGAGUAAUUAUAAUAUUCAGACGUGCAUAAGUGAAGAAUAUUUGCAUGUUUGCAAUUCAGAAUGCCGGUCAAAAUGUUUAAUAGGCCAGUCAGCCAGAUCGACACUUUGGAUAUGCUUUACCUGUCAUAGAAAAUUGCAAGCUGGAAAAGUACCUGCAGAAGCAAAUAUGAACAAUUUACAACUACAUGAAGUUCCAGAAGAACUUGCCAAUCUAAACAAUUUAGAACAGCAUUUGAUUGCAUUGAAUAUCCCUUUCAUGAAGUUAAUGGCCUUGCCUAAAGGUGGUCAAAAUGGAGUCCAUGGCCCAGUCGUGUGUGUGCCUUCAAACACUUAUGAAACAGUAGAUAUGUUGCCAAGACCACAGACUGAAGAUCAAUUGAUCCGUGUUAAACUCAAACGAAAAUUGUCGUACAAAAGCUAUUAUGAGUACAAAUUUGUAGAUAAAUCUAACUUGCUUAAUGCUCUGCAGUAUUUAAAAGCAAAUAAUAAGUGGUAUUUUGAUGUUACAGUAAAUGAUAAAUGGGAAAACUCACUUGAACGAAAUGAAAAAGAUAAUGAAACGGAAGAAGCAGUGGAAAUUGGUGGUAAAGCUCGUUUAGCAAAAUAUUGGAAGGAAAUGGAAGAACAAAUUGAUUACAUUUUGUCCAAAGACAAAAAUGCUAAUGAAAACAUGCAAGACAACAGUAAACUACAACAAAAAAUAGAUGACAACACUGAAGACGAUAUGGAAGAACGCUUACGCGGUAUUCAGUUAGACUCGUGUCUCCAGCCAGUAGAUAUUGGACAGGAAAUAUUAGAUCAGUAUUUUGAAGACAUAAUAUGUUGUGCUCCUUGUGAAGGAAGAAGCCCUGUAUCAAUUCUACAAGAUGAAAGCAAUGAGGCCAAAUGUUUCCCAGUAUUAUUUCCUAAAGGUCAACCAACAUUCCAUGAUAGAAGAGAUGAAAAAAUAACAUUAGGACGUUAUCUGCAUAACCGACUGAUGCACGUGGACAAUAGAUUUGCUCAGAAUACAGAUUACAUCUUUUAUGCACAAUAUAUUUAUGAAAUUCAACAGGUUAUAUCACAAGUUUCUAUCGCUUUAAGGCAAAGUCCAAACAAAAAAGAUGAUUCGUCUUCAAUAACUGCCUCAGAUUUGAAAGAUGCAGAGAAAGUUAAACAAAUACUAAAAUCAGACAAGGGCUAUAAAUUUUUAAAGCAAAUUCGUGGAACACCUCCAUUCUGGCAAAAGACACAAAAAGAUGUUCUCGCAAUGGUACGACAGCUUGGAAAGCCGACAUGGUUUGCUUCUUUCUCAUCUGCCGAUAUGAGAUGGCCAGAAUUAAUGAAUACAUUGCUUAGACAAAAAGGAGACACCAGGGAAUCGAGUGAAUUAGACUAUACAGAAAAAUGUAAUCUUUUAAGAUCAAAUCCAGUAACAGUUGCCAGAAUGUUUGACAAAAGAUUUCACACUUUUAUGAAGAGAGUUAUUUUAUCUCCCGCUGCACCGAUUGGUAAAGUAGUUGAUUCAUUUUGGAGAGUAGAGUAUCAAGCUCGUGGUUCCCCUCACAUUCAUGCCUUGUUCUGGGUUCAAAAUGCUCCACAGUUGGGUAUCGAUAAAGAUGAUGAUGUCGUACAAUUCGUAGAUAAAUACAUUUCUUGCCAAAAACCGGAUGAAAAGGAAGAUCGAGAACUGCAUGAAAUAGUAAGCAAGGUCCAACAACACAGUAAAAAACAUUCUAAAUCUUGCACAAAAACAGGGAAGGCGUGUAGAUUUAAUUUCCCGAGACCACCAUCUGGAAAAACAUUCAUUGUAACACCUGUUGAAGAGAUUCCAUCUAAAGAUUGUGGGAAAGUGCAAAAUAAGGGAAAGGACAAUGAUCAAGUUAAAGCUUCUGAAAAGACUAAAGAUGAUGCAGAGAAAUUGUUGAAGUCAGUUAAAGAUGCAUUAUCCAAUGGAAUCGAGUACAACAGUGUAAACCAUCUCUUUGAAAAGCUUGACAUUACACAAAAUCAAUUUGAGAAUGCACAUCAUGAAUUAGCAUCACAACAAAGUAUAAUCAUCAAAAGAGAAAUACAAGAUGUAUGGGUAAAUCAGUUUAAUCCAAGUCUACUAAGAAGCUGGAAUGCCAACAUGGAUUUGCAGUUCGUAACAAAUGUAUUUGCAUGCGUGGCUUAUAUUGUAUCCUACAUGUCAAAAGCUGAACGAGAAAUCGGAAUGCUAUUGAGUCAUACACUAUCAGAAAUGAAAGAGGGAAAUGAGAACGCAAAGGAAAGCAUGAAAAAACUUGGCCAGGUGUACAUGCAAAAUCGUGAAGUGUCUGCUCAAGAAAGCGUCUAUCGUGUUUGCAGUCUUAGAUUGAAAGAAUGUUCUAGGAAAGUGGAAUUCAUUCCUGUUGGACCCGACCCUGUCAGAAUGAGUUUACCAUUAAGCGUUAUAAAAAGCAGACCAGAUAACGAUAAUGAUGAUGAUGAGAAUGUUUGGAUGCCUAGCAAGCUCGACAGAUACAAAGCUCGACCUAGAAACACAGAAUUCAGUGAUAUGUGUCUUGCAACGUUUUGUUCUCAGUACAGAAUCUUAACUGCAUCCCAAACGCCAAGUACAAGAAGUAAAAAUGUCUUUAAAUUAGAUAACGAUCUGGGGUAUAUUCAGAAGCGUACUCGUACGGGAGAUGCAGUUGUAAGAUAUCCCCGAUUCUCACCCAUCAUCUCACCCGAAAAAUAUUAUUUGAGCAUUUUGCAACUCUUUCUGCCAUAUUUUGAAGAUGGACAAUUAAAGCCGCCAACAUUUGAAACACAUGAAGAGUUCUACGAGACAGGUUCUGUGAAAAUAUGUGGACGUGAAUUGGAGAAAGUCUGGACAAUUGUCUGUACUAACCGAAAGAAGUUUGAAAUGAAUGCUGAUGCAAUUGAUCAUGCACAGGAGCAUCUUGACAAAUUUGGUCCACACGAAGAUGCAUGGGGUCUUUUAUGUCCGGAAAAGGAAGUAGAGCGACUUGAACAUCCCAAAGAAAAUGUAGAUGUCGAAGAUUGUGAUGGAGAUCUUGAUAUCCCUGAUUUAAAGAACGAACCGAAAAAAGAUGACUAUAGCAUCGAACUACGUUCUGUAAAAAUUUCUAAACAAGAUGGACAUUCUUUGAUGAGGUCUUUGAAUGAGAAGCAACAGAUUGUUUUUUACAAAAUACGACAGUGGUGUUUAGAUAGAGUAAAUGGAAAAUCAGUCGAACCGUUUCAUAUUUUUCUAACUGGAGGUGCUGGCACCGGAAAGAGUCAUUUGAUCAAAUGUCUUUACUAUGAAGCAACACGUAUACUAGCUCGAAUGUUGCCACAUCCUGAUGAUGUCUCAGUAUUGAAAAUGGCUCCAACCGGAGUAGCUGCAUACAAUAUCAAUGGCCAUACUAUACAUAGUAUUUUUUCUAUUCCAAUCACAGCACAAAAACUGUAUCAACCGCUGAGUGAUGAGAAAAUAAGUGUCCUUCGAAAUAAGCUGGCUGAAUUGCAAAUUUUAAUCAUAGAUGAAGUAUCAAUGGUAGAUCAAAAGUUGAUGUCUUACAUUCACGGCCGCCUACGACAAAUAAAACAAUCACGCGAUCAAACUGCUUUUGCUGGUGUUUCAGUUAUUGCUGUGGGAGACAUGUAUCAGUUACCUCCAGUCUUAGGAACUCCUUUAUAUAAAGACACACUCAAUGGUGCAUUGUGGAAUGCUAAUUUCAAGAAAGUAGAACUUGAAGACAUUAUGAGACAAAAAGACGAUACCCAAUUCGCUUUUCUCUUAAAUAGAUUACGUGUAAAACAAGGGGAAGAGAUUCUCUGUGAUGAAGACCUAGCAAUGCUCAAGUCCUGUGAGACUGGCGAAGAAUGUGAAAAUGCUCUGCAUAUCUAUGCAUGUAACAAUGAAGUAGAUGCUUGGAACAAGAAAUUAUUGCAUAAAAAAUGUGGAGAUGUGAUAUGCGUAAAAGCACAAGACAUGGACAAAGAUGUUAAAAAAGGAAAUCAAAUACGGGAAAAACCUUAUACUAAGAUGAAAACCCAAUUGCCUCCUUAUCUGUGGAUUGCAGUUAAUGCUAGAGUGAUGUUGCUCAAAAACAUUGAUGUUAGUAAAGGCCUGACAAAUGGAUGUUUCGGAAAUGUAACAGAAAUAAUAACGGAUCAUACAAAUUUGAAUCCAGUUUGCAUCAAAGUUAAUUUUGAGAAGGCCGAUAUUGGUAUUCAUUCAAUCGAAAUAUCUCAAGAAUCCAUUGGUAAGAAAUAUGUGAGAAAACAAUUUCCACUUAAGCUUGCUUAUGCUUGCACAAUUCAUAAAGUACAAGGUUCGACAUUAGACAAAGCUGUUGUAUCAUUAAAAAAUGUAUUUCAAUCUGGACAGGCAUAUGUUGGGCUUAGUCGCGUUACUUCGUUAUCUGGACUUGUGAUAGAACAUUUCGAUCCUAAACGUAUAUAUUGUAAUCCAGAAAUUAAAGAACGCAUUGAGAUUAUGAAGCCGUUUAUCGAGAAUGAAACUUCUGAAGAUAUUCACGAUUAUAACUUUUCUUUGGUAAUGCAAAAUGUACAAGGAUUAAAACAGCAUUUUACUGAUUUCAAAUCCCAGUGCCAAUUUGUGAAUGUAGAUUGUAUUUGCUUGACCGAAACAUGGAUUAAUGAUGAUGAUCUCUGUGACGUUAUUUUAGAUAACUUUCGAUUUUAUCAUCAGCCACGACAUCUGUCAUACUGUAAUUCUGGAGUUGGAAAUGUACUCAAAGAACAAUCGCACGGAGGUGUUGCAAUGUAUAUCAAGAAUACAUAUUCAAGUAGAUUAAACAUAUCUGUCGACAACUUAGAGUUUAUCGCAAUUCUUGUCACCAAACCAGUUUCUGUUGUGAUUUCAGUUGUUUAUCGACCUCCAUCAUAUAGUAUCAAAUCAUUCUGUGAAUCAUUAGACAAUUUGCUAGAUGCAUUACACAAAAGAAGCAUUAGGUGUGUUGUGAUGGGAGAUUUUAAUGAGGAUUUGUUUAAAGGUUCUUCACAGGUAAACAAGCUAAUGUGUAAUAAAGGUUACAAACAGCAUGUUGUUAAUGCUACUACUGAGAAGGGAACAUUGAUAGAUCAUGUGUACAGCAAGGGACUAGAUUUAUUGGAAACAGAGGUCAUCCCUACAUAUUAUAGUUACCAUGAAGCUGUUAAGAUUGCUUUUUAAUAUUAGUAGUAAAAUGAGAAAAAUAAACGAGUAAAUUUCUUAAUUUUGUUGAUGAAUAAACAUUUUCAUUUAUCAUGUCUUUAUUCUUGCAAAAAUGAAUGUGAAUAUUAUUCCUUCUUAAAAAGGUUGUCAAUAUUUUGUUGGCUUACCGUACACUUAUCAAUGAUAUCAUCUGCCAUGGACAUCACAUUGAAAGCAGGUAGUAAAGUUGGUAAAAACCCUUUUCUUAAGGUGAUGAGUUGAAGGAUUUAUGUGUUGUCACUCCUUGCCUUUCAAACCUUUAAACAUCACUCACGUCAUGACAUGUACAUGUAUUUUCGAACUUAUAGAUAAUAUUUUAGAAAUCUAAAACAAUGGUACACAUUUAGAAUACUGAGUUGAUAGGUAGAUGGAUAACAAGAUCAUACAUCCAUUCUUUUUCU